UAUGUUUGAAUUAUGUGAAAUGUGAAAUUGUUUAUGUUUGAGUGUGAGGUUAAAGGGAGCAGGGGAUAGGAUUCUCAAGAACAUAAACCUUCUGUUCCUGUCCAGUGGGUGUUUCUCGAGGGUGAAGGGGGAAUGGGAGUCCCUCACUGUGAGGAGUGAAGGGGAGGGCUCCGAGACGGAUAGGGAGGACACUCCAGGGAGUAAGGCUAGGUCUGCCAUAGGGGAGGAGGUGGGUCAAGUUAAAGAGGUGGAAGAUUCAAUGACAUAGGCCCUCCACCGAAGUAAAUGAUCAGUCAAAGGAACCACAUGAUCACAAUGUAAGAAGACUGGAGGGAAGGAUCAAGCAGGAACGGGUAAAGGUGAGCAGGACUGAGGAGAUUAGGACAGAUGAAGAGGACAAGGACAGCAACCGAAGGGAGCAGAGGGUCAUUGUCAGGCCGAGGACAAGGACAGUAUGGAUCUUCAGAGAUAGUCUCAUGCGAGGAGUAAUUAAGGAGAUAUAUGUCCUGUCAAGAGGUGGAUAUAAGAUAAUGGCCAACAGCAGGGUCAUCCACGAGAUAGUGAAGGAGCACCUCAGGAAGAUGGAGCCUGAGGACCUGGUGGUGACUGAGGGAGGAGGGAAUGGUUUGGAGAAGAUAGAAGAAAAGGAGACACUCUGGUGGAUGUAGGAGAUAGUUCACAUGACAGGAACCACUGCAGUCAUGGCAAGACCUGGAGCCCACCGCAAGUUUUAUGAUUUCUCUGGCCAGGGAGGGCAAGAUGGGGAGGUGCCUGGAGGGACAGAGAAAAACACGAGGCCUGAGGAGUUAGUGAAGUAUGUGGCCAAAAAUAUCAUAGGUGCUGAUGCUACUUUCUCAUCGCCAUUUGGCCCCCGCAGAGUGGUGUACUGUGACUACACUGCUUCAGGCCGCUCCCUUACCUUCAUUGAAGACUACAUUCGGGAUGAGGUGCUGCCCCAAUAUGGCUCCACACACACCACUGCCUCUGUCACUGCCCUGCAGACCACACUGUUCAGACAUGAGGCACGUGACAUCAUCCGCAACGCCACACAAGCCUCUGAGUACGACCGUGUGGUGUUUGUGGGCAGUGGAGCCACAGGAGCACUGCACAAGCUGAUCCACGGCCUGGCACUUGACUCCCCUCCUGUGGUGGUGGUGGGACCCUUUGCCCACCACUCUUCCCUCCUGCCAUGGCGGGAGCUUGGGGCCAAGGUUAUUCGUAUUCAAGAGACAGCAGAUGGGACCUUGGAUAUCCAGCAUCUGGAGGAGACCCUGGCCCAGCAUCAGGGCGGGUCGCGACAGAUGAUUGGGUGCUUCGCUGCUGCCAGCAAUGUGACGGGGACUGUGGUGGAUGACAUAACAGUGACUCAGCUGCUCCAUCGCUUUGGUGCACUAGCAUUCUGGGAUUAUGCUACUGCUGCACCCUACAUACCACUGAGGAUGAACCCCACAGUGCCUGGGGACAGUCUUGGCCACGCACACAAGGAUGCAAUGUUCUUCUCUAUGCACAAAUUUGUGGGUGGAGUGCAGACACCUGGUGUGUUGGUGGCAAAGGAAAGCUUGUUCCGGCGGCGUGAUCCUGAAGUUUGUGGUGGUGGUUCAGUGUUCUUUGUCUCCAGGGACUCCCACCGAUACCUCCAGGAUGUGGAGACGAGGGAGGAAGGAGGGACGCCAGCUAUAGUGGAGGCUGUGAGGGCAGGGUUGGUGAUGCAGCUUACAUCUGCCAUCACUCCCUCCUUCAUCACUGACUGCAAUGCCCACCUUGCCAGGGUGCUGGAGAAGCUGGCUAGCAGUGUGGAUGAGCUGGAGGCGCUGGGUAACCUCUCUAGCCCUGGCCGCCUGCCUAUGCUCUCCUUCGUGGUACGACAUCCUCCAUCUGGUCUACUACUUCACCACAACUUUGUGUGUGCCAUUCUCAAUGACUUGUAUGGCAUCCAGGCACGGGGGGGUUGUGCAUGUGCCGGCCCCUAUGCUCAAGAUUUGCUUGGCCUCUCUGAACCCCUUGCCCAGCGUUAUGAGUCCCUGCUGCUGGAGGACCCACGCCUUGACCGGACACACCUGCGGCGGCGCCAGGAACACAGCGACCUAGAGGUGUUGAGGCCAGGCUUUGUGCGCCUCAACCUGUCAUACACCGCCAGUCCUGAGCAGGUGGAUUUUGUGAUUAGAGCAGUGGCUGAGGUGUGUCGCAAUGCCUGGCAGCUCCUUCCCCAGUACAUCCUCAAUCCAGAGACUGGAGAAUGGAAGCACCACACUAAUCUUGUUUUCAAAGGCCGUCAGUGGCUUGGUAAUGUCUCAUAUCAAGGGGGCACUUUCACCUACCCAAGCAAGAGCUUUCCACCUGACCAGCAGGAUUCACCACCAGACUACUCACAGUGUCUGGAGAAGGCACAGGAAAUUUUCAGUAAGGCAGCCAAGGCCUCACAGCGCCGCCAGCUACCAGAUGACACUAUCCUCUUCCAAGGUGAAGCUGCAGCACUACGCUGGUUCCUCCUUCCAAGUGAAGCCAAAACUCUCCUUUUAGGAGUUCACAGUUCCUCAAAUCACUACCCUGAGGCACCCUUCACCCCUGUACAUUAUCCCUUGUCUCCUGUAGAGUUGAAGAGCCGUCCAAAUUUUGUUUGGGAAGCAAAGGAGGAAAACUGGAAGUUCAAGAGACUAAGUGAAACAGAGAGACCUGAGAUGAGAGAAAGAGACCAACGACAAGAAAGAAGAGAAGAGGGAAAUGCAAGGACGGCAAGCAAUAAAUUUAAUUUUAAUAAUGUAACUAGUGCAAGAGAAGCAGAAAGUAUAGAGAAAUGUAGAACUAGUGAAGAAAUUAGCUUGGAUAGGCUUGUCAUAGGAGAGAGAAGGAAGAACACUCAUUCAAAUAAAGCUAACAAACAGGAGAGCAGUAACAGUUCAAAUGAAACAGACAGAAAUCAGACACAAAACACACACUCAGAAAACAGAAAUAGAGAAAGUGAUAAAAAGACUGACCCAGAAAAUACACACACCAGACAAACUCAGUCAAAGAAUAAAGGAGAGGAAGAGGAGAGCCAGUCUGCAGAAUCUCCACAUAAUUUCUCUGACUCGGCAGUAACAAAUGGAGACCAAUGUAACGAGACGAACCAGUCAUGUGCAAGUGAAGGUGACUCAGGGGUGGUGGCAUGUGAAGGUCUGAAGUGCCUGGUGAGGAGGAGUGGGGGUCAGGGUGCUAGUAAGGAAGUUGUACAAGGAACCAUCCAAGAGGCAGCCAAGUGGCAUGCUCCUCCAAAGAACAUUUUCAACCCCACAGUGGAGGCACUUACUGAAUUUGACAUGAUCCGUGAUGGUGAUUGUGUAAUGGUCUGCCUCUCGGGGGGCAAGGAUUCUCUCUCCCUCCUGCACACACUGCGUCAGUACCAGUUUUAUGCCCGUGCCAGAAAAGUUACCUUCACCCUUGCCGCUGCAACUGUUGAUCCCAUGAGUGCUGCCUAUGACCCUCGGCCACUCAUCCCUUACCUGGCCAGUUUGGGAGUGCCAUACUUUUUUGAGCAACAAGACAUUCUUGGUCAGGCAGCAGAACAACAGAACCUCAACUCCAUCUGUAGCUUCUGUUCGAGAAUGAAGCGUGGGCGGCUGUAUGCAGCAGCACGACGGAACAACUGCAACGUGUUGGCGUUUGGGCAGCACCUGGAUGACUUGGCUGAGAGCUUCAUGAUGUCCAUCUUUCACAAUGGUCGCCUGCGCACUAUGAAGGCUCACUACACUGUCAAAGAGGGUGACUUGAGGGUGAUUCGGCCAUUUGUGUAUGUGAGGGAGAAGGACCUGAGGAACUUUGCUGAGUCCCAGAAACUUCCUGUUAUUCCUGAGAACUGUCCAGCAUGCUUUGAGGCCCCUAAGGAGCGGCAGCGGGUGAAGCAGGUGUUGGCCCAGCAGGAAGUCCUGUUUCCCGGACUGUAUUGGUCUCUACGCUCUGCCUUGCAUCCUGUUAUGGCCAUCAGCAAGACCGGUGUGGAAUCCAGUGUGUUUGGCAAAAAUGGAGUCCUGGCCACCUCAUUGAAGGGAAAAAUUCUGUCUCAACAUGUUUUUGAGGAUGAAGAGGAUAGUUAGCACUAUAGAGCUGGAGCUGUCCAGGCAGGUGCUUUCUUUCAUAUGACAUAAAUCACGUUCACUCUUAAUGUAAAUGAAAUAUCCGACUUUUGAAGAAUGAAACUCACCGAACACUGUUAUGCUUCUUGUAUUGCAGCAACGUACACUGAGAGAUUGUGAAUUGACUAAAUGGGCUAUGGGGUGUUGUGGCCCCAACCCAGAUACAUCACAAAAAGCUGUCUGACAACACUGCCAGUAAUACUGCCACGCAGGACAACACUCAUUACAUAAGAAAGCUGAUAUUAUGCACGAAGACUUAAGAAGCACGGUGCCCUGCCAUUACUAAGAGCCAGGGCGGGCCAAGCCAGACUGGGUAGGGCAAGGCUUGGUGGGACACUAACAUUCUGUCUUGCGGAUGACAGAAUCCAGUGAAUCCCGCACCUGGUGUGGAGUCUGUUCAAUCACUCGCAGGGCCGAGUGGGCAGACAUGUUGAUGUCCAUGAGCCUGGAAAUUGUAUCCUGCAGCUCUCCCUCUGUCCCACAGACUGCAAUCAUUCCUGAGGACAAAAUGGCCAGACUAAGUUACAUUCAUACAAGCCACUUUUUGUGGUCAGUGGUAACAACAAAAAAUAGUCAAAUAUAAUAGAACACAUACAUCUCUGUGGGUCCAUUCACAUGGGCUACUUUUUUGUGUCAGCCACAAAAAAGUGGUGAAUUGGAUUUCAAGGAAAUAGUAGCUGUCUGUGCUCUCUUUGUGGAGAUGAAGUGGAAAAAGUGCAGAAAGUGCUUGGUUAUAACUAUGGUGCACACCAUAGUUAUAACAGACUAUUGUGUGGAGCAUUUUACACAUUAUUUUCUUUAGUAUUCUUGUUACUAUUCUUUCAUAUUCAUAUCACAAAAUGCUGAACUCUUCUCAUCUUCUGCGAUCAACGUUUCACAGUCAAACAACUCUUUAGGUAUUCUUCCCACUCAUAGAAAGGAGUACUACAUGCUGUGACAGACAGGACAAGACAGUGCAAAAGCAGCAGGAGGCAGGGUGGCAGCCACAAAUAGUGGUUCGUGUGUAUGCUGCCAUUUGAAAUAAUUUCUAUCACUGGCCACUGUGGCUGGCCACAGUGGUGUGGUCUGAAAAAUGGCUCUGCCUGCCACAAUUCGCCACUUUUUUUGUGGCUGCCACAAAAAAGUGGCUCGUGUGAGGUGUGUGUGUGCCAUAUUUGACUUUUACUUAUUUAUUUAUUUAUUUUUUGUGGUCACCACUGACCACAAAAGUGGAUUGUGUGAAAACAGCCCAAGUCAUCAUGACUUCCACAAUGAAGCAAAAUUACAGAGCAAAAAGACUGACACAAAGACUCACCUGGCUUCUUAUCAGCCAAAUAGGUGCAGUAGGUGUUGAGGAUGAUGGUGAUGUCAUCAUGAGCUGAGGACGCUUCUCUUGGCCACAGCGCCCGAUGCUGUCGUACAAACUGCAGCGCUCCAACCCAUCGCUGAUCAGCCACCAGCUGCAGCAGCUGUUACACCAGUGAUGGUUGUUCAUCAGGGAAAAUCACUAAUACAGCUGGGAGGCUGGUGGUACCACAGGAAGCUCCAAGGACUGGGAGCCUAAAGAAGAGGAGCUGACCGGUGAGCCUCCCUCAGUACGGCCAAGACUGCUUUCACAGGCACUGCCACCUUCACUCUCCUCACCUCCUACACUCUCACAUUCACCCUCCUCACCCUGGAGCAAUGAAAAUAAGAUUGAAAAGGAAACCACCAUGGUAUCUGCAUUACCACCAUUCAGUUUCCUUAAGACAUGGGCCAUGGAGAUGGCUGAUUCUAAAGGAAAGUAGUUGUCCAAAGGCUCUGAUAUAAGAUUACUGAAAUAACAAGUCAGCCUCCAAACAACACACAAAACUUGCCUCAGGCAAUUCCCUCUCAGGUGGCAGGGAAUGAGUGCUACGUGUGGGGGUGGUGGGUGGUGUGGAGUCCAGUUGUUCUGCUGCAGUGACUAGCUUACCUUGAAGGGUGCUGAGUUCAACACUGUGAUCACUUGCCUGCAUCAUAACUUAAUGUUAGUCAAGAAUUUGCUCAUAUGAAUAAUUUUAACUUGAAAAUGUUGAUUUUUAGACCAGAUGUUAAUAUAUGUAUUCAAAACAG